AUGAACUUAUUGUAUUUUGGUCUAUACCAGCUGGAUGGAGAGGAGAUUAGAUAUUUUGAGACGACUUUGCCUUUGGGAUUAACUCAGAGUAUGUCCACAGCCAAUAUGCAGCAAGUUCUUGAAAUUGGAAUUAGUAAGAAUAUAUAUUUCUAUUAG